CGCGCUGCGACUGGUGCAAACCGGAAAAAGUACAAUUGUAUAUUUUAUUUCAGAAAAGCGUUUGGAAAAGUGCUUAAAGGAUGUCUUGUAACACCAGGGUUACUCGUGUUCAGGUAUCAUCUGUGGGUGAGGCCCAGCGAGUCCCAGUUCACCUCAUGCCCUGUGAGAUUGAACACAAUGGGCCGGCCCAGGUCUCCAGAUACCUCACUGCUACCACGAAAGACUGCAAACUAGAAAAGACCGUGUCAUUUCGAGGACGUGGAUUGAAAGGGCAGGAGCUCAGCUGUCCACAGGGCUACACUGGCUUGGUGAUGAAAGAGAUCAACAAGUCCAGCUCUGACCAAGAGGACCGGACAUUGACGGUAUCCUCUGUGUUUGACAAGCUGACCUACUGGAACCUGGAGACGCUGCCAAACUCUGACGACACGGUCGUGAUGGCGAUGGAUUGGCCUGAGUUGGCCGAGGCGAUCCACGGCCCAGUCGAAGACUGAAGAGAGAAAACAACCGUCUGCUCCGAGGUUACCAGUGGAACAUGGUUUGCUGGCUGCAGUCAGACAAAGAAAUGCUCACGAGUUCCGCGGUACUGUUGCAGAGUAAUAGACGUGAUGUUUAUAUUUUUGUAUGUUCUUUUGUCGUGAAAUAAAAAUGUUUGAAAUAAGUGA